AAGUUGCACAGCAGUUUGCUUCGUAUGAUCAGCCUGCUGACCAAGAUCAUGAUGGCUAUGCGGGAGGCUCUAGCGAAGGUCGCUCAAUCAGACCCUCCGAGAUGCGAGAUGAAGGGUGAGCAGUGUUCUAAUGACAAUCAUCGUGCACCCCCCAUGGAUACUCCGUGUUAUACGUUUUCGGCAUCACUCCAUCGUCGAUAGAGUACACACGUCAUAAAGACUACCACUUAGCUCUAGCACCGCUAUGUCGACUACUUCGCCGUGUCACCUACGUAGUUGCCAUUAGCACAUACCCAUUGCAUUAUUGCUACAUGGAUCUAGCUCGUAGUCCACUUUCGCUCCUCUGCUUCUGGGUUACCAAAUACUAAUGGAUAUUUGUCUUUAUUAUCGCUGCUCGGUCGUUGCACUGUCUCCGGAAUUGUCUUCCAUACCUUACUGGUCGUUUAAAUCAGGAAAAUGUUUGUUGGGGGCUUGAAUUGGGAUACUACUGACGAAUCACUUCGUGCAUACUUUUCCCAAUUCGGAAAGAUCGAUGCAUGCACCAUUAUGCGAGAUCCUGCAGGACGCUCUAGAGGCUUUGCGUUUUUGACAUUUGAAGAUCCCGCGGCUGUAAAUGCUGUUAUGGUCCGAGAGCAUUACCUUGACGGAAAAAUUAUUGAUCCUAAACGUGCCAUCCCACGUCUCGAGCACCGCCGUACCCAAAAGAUCUUUGUUGGUGGAUUAGCACCAUCUGUCACUACUGAGAGCAUGAAACAAUUCUUCAAUCAAUUUGGUAAAGUUGUCGACGCCACCGUGAUGGUGGAUCGUGACUCCAGUAGGAGUAAAGGUUUCGGUUUCGUCACAUUCGAGGAUGCUCCCGCCGUUGAAAAGCUUGUGCAAAUUCAAAAUCUUGAGUUGGAGGGCAAAAUGAUUGAAAUUAAGCUUGCUCAGCCACGAGGUGCGAGUGGAAAUAACAGUAACUAUGGGGCUCAGCCUCAGCCGCGAAGUAGCCGCCCGACUCCGUUCGAUCCUAACGUCAUGGCGAUGCUUUAUCAACGCAUGAUUGCUAACGGAGGCUGGCAAGGCGGAAUGAACCCCAUGAUGAGUAUGGUGGGCGAUGGGAUGAAUCCGAUGAUGGGUGGCGGAAUGAGUGGUCGUGGAUAUGGUGGCGGUGGCGGUGGCGGAGGUGGAAAUUACUAUGGUGGGGGAAUGAUGGGGAGUGGGGGAGGUGGUCGCAUGGGAAGUGGAAGUCACGGUUACGGUAUGGGGGGAUAUGGUGGAGGUGGAUCCCCAAUGAAUCAAUACGGAGGGAGUAUUGGACCUGGUGGUGGCGGACACAUCCCCCGCGGGCCUGCCGCAAUGAGGGGCGGUCCUGGAGGACAUCCACCGCAUCAUGGAAAUGUGGGACCUACUCGCUUUCAAACCAAGGGGCAGCACAGCUACCAUCCCUAUGGGCGAUACUAGCGUCGUUUUAAGAUUUUCAUACUUUUUUUGUUCAUUACUCGUCCCUGUACUUAUUAUGACAGCCUUAUUCAACCCAUACGGGAUGCAUUUGUCUUGG